AUGGAGUCCAAAGACGAAACGACGUCUCAAUUAUUAUAUGAACCACUGGAAGGUGUCGAAAGACUCGAAUAUUAUCGACCCGGGGGCUACCAUCCAGUGAAGAUCGGCGAUGAAUUUCACGAUCGUUAUCGAGUUAUCCACAAACUUGGCUACGGUUCCUAUUCAACUACAUGGCUAGCCUAUGAUCGAGAAUUGACGAAGUAUCUCGCGAUUAAAGUUUGUACCGCCAACUCGAAUCCAGUUCAUGAAUCAAGAAUUCUGUCGCGUCUCACUAGUUCCUGUGGUCAAUCAUUGAAUAAACCCGGUAGGAGAAUGGUACCCUCAAUCCUGGAUAACUUCACCAUCAAAGGGCCAAACGGUGAGCAUGCCUGCUAUGUAACCGUCCCAGCAAGAGGAAGUUUAUCAGCCAUGAAAGAUGCUCGUGCACUAGCUGCGCAACUCGCUCUUGCCGUUGAUUACAUUCAUUCCCAAGGAGUCGUCCAUGGAGAUCUUCACUUGGGCAAUGUCCUGCUCGAAAUGCCACCAAACUUUGACAAACUUUCGGUUGAUGAGCUCCAUGCGAAAUACGGAGCACCGGAGCAAGAUCGUGUUGUCCAUCUAGACGGCAGACAGCUGCCACCUGGCGUUCCGUCUCAUGGCAUUAUACCAAUGUGGCUAGGGGAAGCAAGCGAAAACCUACUCCUCACAGAGUCAAACAUCUUACUUACAGAUUUCGGGGAAUCUUUUUUACCGUCUGAAGAAAAGAAGUACGAGUCCCAUACUCCACUGGUGAUGCGACCUCCGGAAACAUGGUUUCAGCCUGAACGUCCGCUAUCCUUCGAAUCCGAUAUAUGGACACUUGCAUGUUCUAUAUGGACCAUUAUAGCGCAAAGGCCAUUAUUUGAAGGUUUUCUCGCAACUCAAGACGAUAUAAUAUGUGAACAAGUCGAUGCCCUUGGCAUCUUACCACCAGAAUGGUGGCAGAAAUGGGGUCCUGCACGCCAGGAAAGAUUUCAUGAUGAUGGUAAACCCAAAUACCGCAAUCCGUUCCGAUCAUGGGAAGAUAGGUUUGAGGAUAGUGUUCAAGAACCGCGAAAGGAAGCUGGAAUAUCGGCCUUUGAUGAGGAAGAGAAGAAUGCUCUCUUCUCGUUGCUAUGGGAGAUGUUGAAGUUUAGACCUGAAGAGCGGCUUACUGCGCAUAAAGUACUGCAGUCCGAUUGGAUGGUGAAGUGGGCUUUGCCUGAAUACGAUAAAAUUCGAGAGUGA